UAAAAAAUUAAGUAGGUGCAGCCAGUGAUACAAAUACUGUAAGUUCCGCCACAGCGCCACUAUACUGUCACUUCAUUUCAAUCUGCUUCUUCUCCAUUUCAUCAUAAUCAUGGCGACCACACUAACACCAAUUCAAACCUUCAAAUUCACUCAUUCUCAUUCUCCAUCUUCAUUUCCAUCUCAACCUAACUCAACCACUCUCUUCUUCCCACCUUCCACCUCCCGCCGCAACAACAACCUCAUCCUCUCCGCCGCUGCUACUUCCGGUGACACCACCGUCUCCUCCAACGGCCCUCCUCCUCCUCCUUCACCUUCUCGAUCAAAAGUUCGGAGACACACGAUUUCGGUGUUCGUUGGUGAUGAGAGUGGAAUGAUUAACCGAAUAGCUGGAGUGUUCGCAAGAAGAGGAUACAACAUUGAGUCAUUAGCUGUUGGUUUGAAUCAAGAUAGGGCUCUUUUCACCAUUGUUGUUUCUGGUACUGAUAGGGUUUUACGUCAAGUUGUUGAACAGCUUCAGAAGCUUGUCAAUGUUUUGAAGGUAGAAGAUCUUUCACGUGAACCUCAAGUAGAACGUGAAUUGAUGCUCGUGAAAGUUCAUGCAGAUCCCCAAAACCGUGCUGAGAUUAAGUGGUUGGUCGACACCUUCAGAGCCAAGAUCGUAGACAUCUCGGAACAUUCCGUGACGAUUGAGGUUACUGGAGACCCAGGGAAGAUGGUUGCAGUCCAGAGAAAUUUCGGCAAGUUUGGAAUUAAAGAAAUAGCUAGAACCGGAAAGAUUGCAUUAAGAAGGGAAAAGAUGGGUGCAUCUGCUCCAUUUUGGCGGUAUUCAGCUGCUUCGUAUCCAGAUCUUGAGGGAAAAACAGCUAUUAAUGCUCUUGUUGGAGCGAAAAACGUGAAUCCUGUUGACAAAACGGAUACGCCUGUGGGGGGAGAUGUUUAUCCUAUAGAGCCUUCAGACAGUUUUACAGUCAAUCAAGUACUUGAUGCUCAAUGGGGUUUUCUCAAUGAUGAAGAUACUAGCGGAAUUCGAUCCCACACCUUGUCUAUGCUUGUGAAUGAUGCUCCCGGAGUUCUAAACAUUGUUACAGGAGUCUUUGCUAGAAGGGGCUAUAACAUUCAGAGUUUAGCUGUCGGACAUUCAGAAGUUGAAGGAAUCUCUCGGCUUACAACUGUGGUUCCGGGUACAGAUGAGUCAAUCAGCAAGUUGGUGCAGCAACUGUAUAAGUUAGUGGAGCUGCGUGAGGUCCGGGAUAUAACCCACUUGCCAUUUGCUGAGCGAGAAUUGAUGCUAAUAAAGAUUGCCGUAAAUGCUGCUGCACGACGUGACGUUCUUGAUAUUGCCAGCAUUUUCAGGGCUAAAGCUGUUGAUGUGUCAGAUCAUACAAUAACCCUUGAGCUUACUGGAGAUCUGGACAAGAUGGUUGCAUUGCAGAGAUUGUUAGAACCAUAUGGCAUUUGUGAGGUGGCACGAACUGGACGCAUAGGACUUGUCCGUGAGUCAGGUGUGGACUCCAAGCACCUCCGUGGUUACUCUCUUCCCUUAUGAUUGAUUUAUGUGGGCAAAGGAGGGCACAAGUUUUUGGCUUGUAGAGCUUUAUAACUUACGCUGUGCUUGCUAGUGUUUUGGCCUUCGAUGACCAUAAUGUUAUAUUUGUGAUUUGCAAAUGAUUAUAGUAUCUGCUCCAGACUACUAUAGCUAUACACAGACUCUAAUGUUCUAGGCUUCGAAUGCCAUCUAGAUAUUUUUUUCAAGAAAAAACAAUUUCACUUCCCAUACCUUUGUCUUGAAUUUGUUUUUGGUAGAAUUACGGUUACCUGUUGUGUUCUUCCAGCUA